AUGAAGUUGCUUGUUACGAUUGAGAAUCUCAAGAAGCACGGUUUCUUUCCUGUUGACGCAUACUUGGACGCUUCAACUUCAAAGACUCAGACUGGUGUUGAAAAGCACCCAGAAGAGAAGCAAACUGCUGAAGCUCCUCAACCUAGGGUAGAACACCCAAUGAAGAAGAAGACUACGACCUCGAAGAAGACUACAACCUCGAAGAAGAGGAAGAAGAUAAUAGCAGAGAGGUCCGAAUCUUCUUCAAAAGGCCUUGAGGUAGUGCCUACCACAACUACCCCUACUUCGAAGGCCCCUCCGAAGGACGUGCUAGAGGCCAUUCUUGCCUUAAACAUUGCCCAUAACAAGAUGAAAAUCUCCUCCGGAGAGAAAACUUACGAAAUGAAAGAAAUGAAAGAAAUGAAAGAAAUGAAAGAGGAGAUCAUCAAGUUGAGGCAGGCCUUUACAGAAAUAAAUGUAUUUGCAAGGGAGACUCAACAUUUGGUAGAUACACGUUUGGAACAAAGAGAAGCUGCUCUAAAAACAGUGGAAUUUCAUAAGCAAGAGCUUCAAAAAAAGGAAGACUUGAUCAAAGAGCUUCAGUUGACUAUGGCGAGGCUCACUAGGGAUUUGAGCUCAAGAGAAACAAAUCUUCAAGAGAGAGAAAAGGAACUGCAAGAGAGCAUAAGCCAUGAGAAGGAUAUUGAAGCAUCUCGGGCCAAAAUGUGGGCGACCAUAGAGAAAAAAAUUAGAGAGAAAGACCAAGAGCUGAAGGUCGUUUGCAAUCAAGUCUCCUCAUUGAUUGAGCAGUUGCAGCAAGUCAACAUUGAGGUAGAGAAGAAGGCUAGGGAAUGGUCGCUACAGUUUGCUCAAGCUAAAGAAGAAAGAGAAGACCAAGAACUUCGCAAGGUGGGGGAUCAUCGAGAACAAGAGAACCUUGAAGGUCGAGCUACCGAUCCUGAGGUUAGAGCGAUAGAAGCCAGAGUUCCCGAAGAUCAAGAGAAGUGA